AUGAUGAAUCUUCCAGAUUUUUCCGCUCUCCUCACGGUCCUAUUUCUCUUAUCCACCGAUAUAACUUUUUGUUCUCACAAUGCUAUCCUUUUCUCCUGUCCUGUUCAUCUCCCGACACUGCCCCGUUAUUUCUACAAAACUCGUGUCGAUUUCUCCUUUUCCCAUUUUUUUCCAAUUUUUCACCCGGUGGUUUUGUUGACCGUAUAUGUGCAGCUUGAUACACUUUCAAUUUCAGACCUCAAACUGUCGCUAUUGCUUAUUCGCAAUAUCUAA